ACACCUUGAUUUUCGGUUUAUAGGGAGGAAUUUACAUUAAUAAAAUGGGGAAAGGAAAAUCUGAUGAAGUUGCAGUAUGCGGCAUAGUGACCUGCUAUUGCCUGAUUGUUAUGCUGCUUUUUGGAUUGAUAGUGUUCAAUAUUGCCAAAAUUGUCAUGGGGGCUGUUUAUUUUCAUGAAUGUAGUAUUGAAAAGAAUAUCCCAAUCUUCCUGAUUGUAAGCGGUUUGGCGUCUAUACUGGCCAGCAGUAAUGGUCGAAGAAAUGAUGAGGAGAUAGGUCUAUGCUGGACUUCAUGUGGAAUAACUGUGUUAUUGUGCAAUAUAGCUUGGGUUAUACUUGGAAGUAUCUGGAUAUAUCCAAGUUAUGGCAAGCUUAGCAACGUCGAUUUCAAAAAAUGCGAAGGAAACAUGACUGCAGACUGUUUAGACGACAUUUGCGAUAAGGAUCUGAUUCAGUUCGCCAUUGCUUCUGUGACAAUCGACUGGCUGUUUAUGGGCUUGUGGAGUUGUUUGAUUUGUUAUCAAGUUAGAGCUAUAAUCCGCAGAAGAUGAAGAGACAGCAGACGACAACAGAAAAAAACAGAUUAUAACCGAUGGCUACAGAUGAUGACAACUUUAGAUCAUAGUCGCAUUAAUUAUUUAUAAUGUGUUUAUGUCGGACGCUGCACUCUUAAGAAUAUAUCCUGUGUACAUGUGACUUACUUGUUUACUACUAAUACAAAAUAUACAUAAUAUCAUUUCAACCUGCUUUAACUAUAGAGUUGUUAUUGACUUGUAUAUAAUAAGAUUAAAAGCAGAACUUGCUUUAUAACAGCA